AAAGGUUUAAGUGCGUACUAGGUUGACCUUGUAGAUGUGUAUCCUAACCGGAUUCCUUGUUUAAGAUCUUGAUUACGGAUUUGACUAUAUGACCAUUGACUCGUGAAGGAGUUCCAAUGUUAACGAGGUAGUCUAAUAAAAGUUCGGGCAAGUUCUCCUUUUCCCGGCCAUUGAUCAAGAAUCAAGUUCAAUAAGUUGUUUGAUUAUUCAUUUCUGCAUAUAUGAAAAUUGAAAACCCUAAUCUACUUCCUAGGGCAGUUUUAAUUUGAAGCUAUCAAGCAAACUCUUCCCAUCUCAAAUAAUGAGCACAAAAUCGAAUAGAGAUAAGCAAAGAUCCUCUUCGUCUUCCUUUCAUCGCUCAGUGUAUUCAGAGGUAGAAGAGGUUGGAUGGGAACAUCUGGUGCAUCUGAGUGAAGACCUUACAUAUAUGACUUUUCGCAUCUUAGACAAGAAAGGACAAUCACAUAUAUUUGAGAUAUAUUUGCCUCAAAGUUAUCCCAAAUGCGCUCCUUCAAUAUCAGCGGACGUGCCAUAUGUUUGUGAGUUGAAAUGGUCCAUGACAUCAAGAUUAAAGGAUGUUGUGUUCCAGUUGCGCGAGCAUUUGGAAAAGCUUCAAGAUUUUUUUCCGAUCAUGGAUGACAUUGAUAAAAAACUCUGGGUUGUUGGUCCAAUACAACCAUCUCGUGCAACAUCAUUUCGUCAGAUCAAUUUAGGAAAUGACUGUUUUAUCGUGCUGGCCAUAAAUGUUUCUGACCCACGGUCCUUGCCUGAGUGCCGUCUCUUAGGACCCGAGGCAAUCACUGAUAAGAUGAGAAAGACAUGGAGGAGAAAUUGCAAUAGAUGGACAAAGGACAAAUCAAUUGUCGAAAACCUGGAAAAUGUAAUGGAGACUUCGCUUCCUGGACCUCGUCAAUCCACAAUGGAGGAUCAACUAGUUGAAUGUGGCAUAUGCUAUGCUCACUGUCUUCCAAUCAAUGAUGAGCUUGGAGCUAAGAGUGGAAGUGGAUCCGACUAUACAUGUGACAAUAGCAGCUGCAGCAGAGCUUUUCAUAGUGUUUGUCUGGGAGAUUGGCUGCGUUCUAUCACAACAACGAGGCAAUCUUUUGAUGUUUUGUUUGGGAAUUGCCCCUACUGUUUGGGACCAGUUGCUGUAAAGGUUGACUCCAAUGUAUAGCUUGAGCCAAACAUGACUGGAAAGCAUUUACAGUCUUAUGCAGAGUUUUCCAGAAGAAAUCGAGGAAAAUAUCCGUGCCCGGAGUUCCGGAUUAAGGUCACCAAGUGCAUGUGUUUAAGGAAUGCUAGCUAGCAUGCAUCUUGGAACAAUAGUGUAGUUCAUCUUGCUAUUUGCUACAAGUUCUAAUGUUCUACUGUGUUGAUCGGAUUUGGGUAUGUAGUUUUCUCUUAAAAUCGUUAAAGCAGUAACAUCAUUACUGCUUUGAGUAGGUGGAAAAUCAUCAAAUAUACCCGUUGUUGUCACCUUUUUGAGAAGAUUCAUCUGCACAGGAAACAGACUAAAAAAGAAGACAUAUAGCCCUACCUUAAAGUGUACUCUUAAUGGCAUCCAAUUAGCCAAGUGGUAAAUAAUGUGAUACUGAAAGAAUAAAGUAGAUCUAUUGAUUAUGAUUAUGCCGAGUUAAAAGAUUUAUUUAUUACCUUGU